GGAGGGGUUUGCAGGUGUUAAUGGCGCGUCAUGAGGGCGUCUGAAGCCCUAAAGAUAAAUAACAGACCCAGCACAGGGUGUUCUGCUCAUUUGGUUUGCGAUGGUGACACUGGGGAUGUUUUGAUGCUGAGCAGAUCGGGUGUUGAGUUGGGUGUUUUUCAAGCGAGCGGAAUUAUGAAUCAACUAUUCGGGUUCUUUCUGUCUGCUGUGGUGGUCUGUCAGGCGGGUUCGUCUGGAUCAGGAUGUGAAGGAGCAGUAUGUGGGAAAGCUGGAGUCUCUGGAAAGCCAAAACAACACGCGGAAUUCUUGAAUAAGUUCAACGAAAUGAACACGCAAACGCCGCAAGGUCAACACCGGAACGCCGAGGCCGUGUUACCGUUCGUAGGACUGACCGGAGUUUCUAAACAAAGCCGUACCUGCUGCAAGAACGGUGGAACGUGCAUUUUGGGAAGCUUCUGCGCCUGUCCGAAGCACUUCACCGGCCGCAGCUGUGAAUACGACGAGCGCCUCAGUGAUUGUGGUGUGAUUCCACAUGGAGAAUGGGUUCAGAAAGGAUGCUCGUACUGCAGAUGUGGAUAUGGACUUCUGCACUGCUUCCCGCAUGUUUUCAGCAAAGACUGUGGUGAGUUUAUAGAUGCAUGUUUGUUGUUGUUUUUAUCUCCAUCUAAACCAGUUACAGCACUUUGAAGGAUAUUAAGUGUGUCUGGCAUCGUGUUAUCAACUUAUCUUAAAAAAGGCCUCUAAAAUGACCUUCUUGCCCAGUAUUUAUGUAUUGUUUUCAGUCCAAAUAUCUAAACAUUCUUAAAUCAAUAUACACUUAAUUGAAACCAAAAUAACAUAAUAUCUUAAGUCUUGUUUCCUAAAAAACAAAGUUAAUGCUUAAAAAAGGAAAAUAUCUGCCAGUGCAUGGGGUCAGGAAAAAAACAACAACUUCUAAUUA